GCAAAUUUGACAACUUCCGCUAUUAGAUGUCCCCCGAGGAAUUUUAUAUUUUUCGAAAUAUUUUUGAUCAUUGAUGACUAUCAAAUCAUCAUCAAAUAGCUGAGCAGAAGAAAUGUCGCUCAUUGAAAGUACAGAGCAGGCGGUGGAGUAUGUGGAGCACCUGCAGGCCCGCCUCUGGGACCAGGGGGAUCACAGUUUGGAUGAUGACAUGACGUCCCUGUUAGCCAUGAUGGAGAGUCCUCUAUUUCGACAGAUUCUUAAUCUGCAAGAGUCUUUACAGGAACUUAAACAGGUGGCCCAGACAUACCCAGUUACAGAUGAAAAUUUUGAGAUCACUUACUCUGGACAGUUGAUUCUGAACAUGCCACCAGAUGGUGUACCAAUCAAUCAAGCUUUAUCAGAGAGUGCCGCGGGAUUCUCAAGUGAGGAGAAUUUGGGGGCCAUUGCUACAACGCCGGGGUACGAUGCCGAGUUUCAGAAGACCAUAGAGCGGGUAGCCAAGGGGAGGGAGAUAGAAACCAUUAAACUGUUCAAACCAGAGAACACCAGCCUGGGCUUCAGUGUAGUGGGACUCAAGGGAGAGAAUAACGAAGAGACAGGGAUCUUUGUUCAGGAUAUCCAGCCGGGAGGAAUCGCAGCAAGGGAUGGACGUCUGCGAGAGAGAGACCAAAUUCUGGCCAUAGACGGUCAGCCAUUAGACAUCUCACAUCAGGAGGCCAUCAGGAUUCUCCAGAGUGCCCGCGGCUUGGUGGUGCUCAUCAUUGCUCGUGGUUACCUGCCACCACCCUUUGAACCUCCACCGCUCGUCAAUGCUGAACCCACUCAAAGUUCAGUUCCAAAUGUUCAGCCCGAGGUUCACUCAGACAUGGUGUUAAACACUGAGUGGACCCAAAUUGAAGUGAUUGACCUAAUUAACGAUGGAUCUGGCCUAGGAUUCGGGAUAUUUGGGGGACGCAGCACUGGGGUCAUUGUCAAGACUAUUUUACCUGGAGGAAUUGCUUGUAUUGAUGGGAGAUUACACAGUGGAGAUCACAUCCUACAAAUCGGUGAGGUCAACGUGAGGGGCAUGAGCUCGGAGCAGGUGGCAGCAGUGUUACGUCAGUCUGGCAGUGAAGUCCGUCUGAUCGUGGCUCGACCAGUCAAUGAACCCUCCCCCUACCCCAUCCCCCACGCUCCUAUUGUCCCCACCCACCAGCUGGAUGAACACCUUCAACAGAUUAAUGCCUUGUUACAUGGAGACCAUUUCAGCCAGCAAAUGGCAGAUGACAUGGCUGGGGGAAUGAUUCAAGUUCACAUGCCUCCGUAUAACGACGUAGGAUCAGAGUACCCAGAGGUAGAGUAUUUUGACGUAACACUAGUGAAGGACAGUCAGGGUCUGGGAAUCACCAUCGCAGGUUACGUGGGCAAAGACAAUGCCCCAGAUGAUCUUUGUGGAAUAUUUGUGAAAAGUGUUGCAGAAAAUAGUGCUGCUGCUCAAGAUGGAAGGAUCCAAGUCAAUGAUCAGAUAAUAAAGGUGGAUAACCAGCCUCUACAUGGAUUCACCAAUCAUCAGGCAGUGGAGGUCCUGCGUAACACAGGUCAGAUGGUACACCUACAGCUGGCUCGAUUCCAACACGGGCCAAAGUACGAGAAACUCCAGCAGUAUCUAGCUCAGCCCCCCUUCAACCCUCAACAAGGAAUGGUGGUUGCCCCUCCCCCUCCCUCCCAAAUGGAUGGCCCUGUGAUGCCCCCCAUGGAUGGCCCAGCCACCAUUACCUCGCCUAUGAUUGAACAGCCCACUCAGGCUCGAAUGGUGAACCAUAUCCAACAAAACGCUCCCCUGGAUCCACCCAGCCAGCAGGUGGAGCUUCAUGACAUAACCCUCAGCACAGACGAAGAUUAUUCUGGUGAUUUGUCUCCAGAUGUAGAAGAAGCCAUCAAAGCAUGCUGGGAACCAAUAGUUGGCAGCGAAUUUGAAGUUGUGGUUGCCCAGCUGUCCAAGUUUCGUGAGGGGGGAGGCCUGGGUAUCAGUUUGGAGGGGACGGUUGACGUGGAGAAGGGGGUAGAGGUUCGGCCCCACCACUACAUCCGCUUCAUCCUCAGUGACGGUCCAGUGGGCAUCAAUGGCCACCUCAAGAGUGGAGACGAACUGCUAGAGGUAAAUGGCAGAAGACUACUGGGCCUGAACCACAAGGAGGUGGUGGGAAUCCUCAAAGAGCUUCCUCAACAUGUACGUCUCGUGUGUGCUCGCCAUAAAGAGACUGAAAACUACACUGACCAGGAGAAAUUAGAAAACGGUUAUAACUCGUACCUUCAAUCAAACUAUUCAGGUGUUAACGAGGUCUCACCAAUCACAGAGAGACUUGUGAAAGCCAAGUCAGAGAACACACUGGCCUCGACAGAUGAUAGUGUUCUCCAGCAGCUGAUGAAGAACAAAUCUCGGUCCUUAGAGGAACUGACAAACUUUAAAAUGUGGAGCUUAGAACCGGUUGUGAUAGAACUCUGUAAAGGGGACAAAGGUCUAGGGUUCAGUAUCUUGGACUACAAGGACCCAGAAAACGUUAGCAAGACUGUGAUAGUAAUCAAGAGUUUGGUCCCGGGGGGCGUGGCCCAGGUGGACGGACGUCUCCUUCCCGGGGAUCGACUUAUUUUUGUCAACGAUGAAAUGCUGGAGAAUGCCAGCCUUGACGAGGCAGUGGACGCCCUGAAGGGGGCGCCAAAGGGGAUCGUUAGGAUCGGGGUCAAGAAAGCUCUGCCUCUGGGGAGCAGUGAGGCUCACCAACAGGCUGAACUUCAGCAUUCCACCCUUCCCUUCCCCAGUGUGGGUUACACAGAGCCCAGCUUCCUUCCAUCCCCUCCUUCUCAGUUCACCACUUCUCCAGAAAAAGUACAACGAAAAUUCACUGAACAAUACUCCUCUGCUGAGAAUGUUGCCCAUAAGCAAAAUGACAGCUUUUAUGAGAGUGAUGAGGAGAUAACUUCUCCCAGAAAGAACAAGCCGAUUACCUCCCCUCGCAGGAGUCUUGACCGGCGCAAGAGGGAGUCCACAGGAUCUAAUGUUUCCUAUGAAAAUUCACAGGUGUUGCUGGAAAUCAAAAACAGUAACAUCCAGAAGGACACUGUGCAGAAAAAAUUCCCCGUUCCCCAGCCUCGGUCCACGUCUGUUUUACAGGACUAUGUCAACAACAUGCCUCCAGAAAAUCUGCUUAGCCUCACUCAGGAAAAAUUACCAGCUGAAGGUAAAUCUCCCCUUGAGAGCCCCAGGUCGGAAUCUCCAGCAGAUUAUGAGAAUACAACAUUUGCUCUGCCCACUUAUGAAGAGGCCAUCUCAGGGGAUCCUCAGCCUGAUUUUUUCAACAUGAGUGACCUUGACCUCCCAGCAGAAGCACCACCUGUGCCUCCCAGAUCAGAGUCGCAGGAAGAACUAUUUAUAGAAACUGAGCAAAUCCUUAACCACACCCCUCCUGAUGCACCAUCUGAUUUUGAAGAGUCGCCCAGGAGUGAAAAGGGAGGGUCGACCCCUAAAAGGACCCCUCCCCCAAUUCCUCCUAAGCCUAAAGUAGUGUCGCCAAAAGUGCAACAGAUUGUUGUUAAGCCAGCAAGCAAGGACACACCCCCACCCCCACUUCCAGUUUCCUUACCACCAGCUCUUGAUGAAAAACUUCACCACACUGAAGAGGAACUAAGCAUUAAGAUAAUUAAUCCCAAACGAGUAAGGACCAGGCAUCAAAAAACAAACAGUGUGGACAGCCAACAGUCAUCCUCAUCAGAUCAACCAAUCACAAGUGACCUUACAAACUCUCACUCACCAUCCAUUAUAAAUACAGCCAAUCAUAUCACACCUCCCUCCUUGUCACCGCUGUCUUCACCACGCCUAGCCCGCACAUUGUCUGGAGGAGCAGAUUCACUUCCUGUGUCACUGGAGAAGGUCAUCAAAAUCAAAAAGGCUAGAGACCCUCUGGGUCUGACUGUGGAAGCAGUUGAUAAAGGUGCUAAUGGCUGUAUGGUGAAGUCUCUAAACAACUCAGGUGCAGUCAGUAAGGAUGGCAGGAUAAAGGAAGGGGAUUAUAUUGUGUCGGUCAACAUAUAGUGAGAAUUCAUUCAAUCUUUAAAAAUUUUCUUCUCUGCUCAGGGUAUUAGGGCCAUCAUAUAGUUAUGAGCCUCGCUACAAGGGACUAAUCUUCCAGAAUUUGUGGCUUACAUUCCUAAAGAAGAUGCUGCUGCCUAUCAGGAAACUGCUGUAAACAAACCCCCCACACCCCCUCACCCCUCUAUGAUGCCCUCUCCCAAUUCCAAUCUGUCCCCCCUGGCCUCACCCAGGAACCUAAAACCUGAAUCUUCCCCCGAGAGGUCCCCCCUGAAGAGCUCCCCCCUACAAAGGACGUCAGAGACUGUAUCCCCCAGGGUUAAGUCCUUGACCUCCGAUGGAUCCCCGGCCACAGGAAAUCAGACGUGGGGACCCCCUCGAACUGUAGAGCUGGAGAGGGAACCAGGCAAAAGUUUGGGUAUCAGCAUAGUGGGGGGUAGAGUGGACAUGUUCAAUGUUCAGACAGAACAGAUAAUCUCAGGAAUCUUCAUCAAACAUGUCUUAGAAGACAGUCCAGCUGGUCAGAACGGGACGCUGAAAACAGGGGACAGAAUCCUGGAGGUGGAUGGAAAGGAUUUAAGAAAUGCUGCUCAUGAUCAAGCAGUGGACAUCAUUCGUCAUGCCAAGUCUCCUGUCAAAUUUAUUGUGCAGAGUUUGUGUGAUCCGGCUUGUCCCAGGGACUUGGAGAAUGAUACAAAGUCGGUACAUUCUUAUGAUGAAGCUUCUUUAGCAGCAGGGCAAACAUAUCAGACAGUAGAGGUACCUUUACUGGAGUCAGUGGCAAAUUUGACUAAAGACCACAAUGACAGUGAAGAGGAAGAUGAAUUUGGUUACACCAAAAAGAAAAUACAACGACAGUAUGGGGAUCUGAAUGGGGAACUCCAUCUGGUGGAUUUGAACCGCGGCAAUGGCAGCCUGGGAAUCAAUUUAGCGGGCAACAAGGACCGCAACACCAUGAGUGUGUUUGUUGCAGGGGUGCAACCUGAGAGUGUUGCUGGUAAAGAUGGCAGGAUUCAAGUUGGGGAUGAACUGCUUGAAGUAAAUGGUCAAGUUCUAUAUGGCCGCAGUCAUCUUAAUGCCUCUGCCAUUAUUAAAAGCAUAUCCACAAACAUUAUCAAAUUCGUCUUACUCAGGAGAAGCGACAAUUUGGACCAUAUGGCAGUCAAACCUGUAAAGAUGACAGCAGCAGUUUCCCAUGAGGAUGUUUCUAACACAGAAGAACAAGAGAAGAGUAACAGUGUUAAUUCCUUAGAGUUCGUAGUCGAUGUUGUAUUAGAAAAGGGUGCAUCAGGCCUGGGGUUUGCUAUUGUGGAAGACAUGAAAGACAAUCAGCCAGGGAUCUACAUCCGCAGUAUCACCCCGGGGGGCGUAGCCGCUCAGGAUGGAAGGCUUAGUGUUGGGGACCAAAUCCUGGAAGUUGGUGACAAACCUUUGACAGGAGUUCAUUAUGAUAAGGCAAUAGAAAUUUUAAGAAACAUGCAAGGAACAAUCAAACUCAAAGUUCGAAAAAAUACUACAGAUAGAAAGUUGUCACAUUCGACAGCCAAUCAUCUGGAUCCUGAUACAGGCACCAAAAAUGUCUUUCAAUUUCAAUCUGCUCCAGGGGAAUCUUCCACGGACCCGAACCCUUCAGAAGCUGGGGAGGAGGAGUCCACCGACCCCAAAACUUGUCCAAUCAUUCCAGGUCGCGAGACCACCAUCGAGAUCGAAAAGGGACGUACAGGUCUGGGACUUAGCAUCGUAGGAGGGGCCGAUACCCUGCUUGGUGCAAUUAUUGUCCAUGAGGUUUAUGAAGAAGGUGCUGCUGCCAGAGAUGGCAGACUGUGGGCAGGGGACCAGGUCUUAGAGGUAAAUCAUGAGGAUCUGAAGGAUGCCACCCACGAUUAUGCAAUUCAGGUUUUACGUCAGACGCCAUCAACCGUUCAGAUCAAGGUAUUCCGUGACGAUGCUCAGGUGAAGGAGGAGGAUAUUUACGACAUUUUUACCGUAGAACUGACGAAAAAGCCUGGACGAGGACUCGGGCUAAGCAUUGUGGGAAAGAGAAAUGACGUAGGAGUUUACAUAUCAGACAUUGUUAGGGGUGGUACAGCUGAAUCAGAUGGGAGGCUGAUGCAGGGGGAUCAAAUUCUGGCCGUCAACAAAGAAGACAUGAGGAACGCCACACAAGAAUAUGCAGCAGCUGUACUCAAAACUUUGAUGGGCAAGGUUUCAUUAACAGUCGGGAGAUUAAAGGCAGGUUCCAGAGCAUCAUCGAGGAAAAACUCCAAUCCCAGUAGUGCACUGAAAAAGUCAGAAUCCAGUGUCAGCAAUAAAUCAAAGGGAGGCAAACACUCCAAAGGUCACAGUGAGGAUACAACUCACAUCCGUGUGGUAGAACUGGAGCAUGACAUCACAGGAUCCCUGGGACUGAGUAUAUAUAUAACGGGGGGCAUAGGUAGUUUUAUCGGGGAUUUUAUAUCUGUCAUCAUUGCCAAUAUGUCACCUGCUGGACCAGCAGCAAAGUCAGGAAAACUCAAGAUUGGAGACAAGAUCCUGAGCAUUAACGACGUACAGCUGGAUGGCAUGUCUCAUGAUGAGGUGGUCCAGUUACUGAAGAAACCUGGAACCAUAAAACUAGCAGUCUCGCAAGGAGAGGACACGAGAGUAAGUGUCAGUGGUCGUACGUCGCGGCAGGUCAGUACUGACAUGUCACAGGAGUAUGCUGAACUUAUGGCGCAGGACAACGUGUUCCAAGAAGCCAUGGCUCCUGAUGAAGGACCCCCACCUCAGUGUAAGACCCUCCAUCUGAACAAAGGACCUGACGGCCUGGGGUUCUCCAUCGUAGGAGGACACGGCAGUCCUCACGGGGAUCUUCCAAUCUACGUCAAAAAUGUCUUCGCUAAGGGAGCUGCUGCGGACGAGGGCAGUCUGAAGCGAGGGGACCAGAUUAUCUCAGUGAACGGACAGAGUCUUGAGGGCUGCACGCAUGACGAAGCUGUGUCCAUCCUCAAAAACGCCAGAGGUGCUGUUACAAUGACUGUGUUGACUUCAUAGAAUAAACACUCCAAAGAGUGACAAAGGAAAUUCUGGAGUUCAAAACUGGAGACUUUUUUAUGCAAGAAACUAGGAGUAGUAGAACUAAAGAUUAUUUUAUCUUAUAUUUGUAUACAUGGUCAAUUAAGAAACAUGUAAUUUUAGGAAUUUUCUAGCUCUCCAUUUUGAUGUCAGUGAUUGCAUGUUUUUCUCUUUUUUUUUAAGUCAGCAGUGUUAUUUAUUAUAACCUUAAUUUUUAUUCUAUUGUGUAAGAAUUAUGUUGAUAUGUAUUACAUGUACUUAGAUUUUAUAUUAUACCAAUUUCAGAAUGUACACAUUUUGAAGUGUUUAAUAUAUUCAUUACCAAUUUUUGUUUGCCUUUUAGCUAGCUCUAUCAUCUGAUAUCACAUUGUGCUAUAUAAUCUACAUUUAUAAACAAGACUGUGUUAAUUCAUGUUUUCUGUAUAUUUAGGCACAUUGUUUUGGAGCAAGUAAUUCUCACCAAAACAAGUGCACAUAAUUUUGUAUUAUAUUUUAUUAAAAAUGCAAUGAAGAAUAAUUUGUUGUUAAUUUUAUUGAAGGAGGUGGCAUUCUAAUUGAAUGCUACUACAUGUAUAGUACUGAAAUAUGUUUUAAUUAUGGUUCCACUUUUGUUAACAACACUUGGUUCUCUACAAUGAUGUUUAUUUGGAGAAAUUAGAAAGAGACAAUAUAUUACAAACUGGAAUGUAUACACAUGAUAUGCAGAGCAUAUGUUUAUGAGGUUUUGAAUAUAGUUUUCAAUUUAUCAAAUUUGUUUUGAAAUGAAUUUUAAGAAGGCAUAUAUUAAAACAUCAUAAAUAGAGAAAACAGAGAAGAUUUGAGAAUUGAAUUUUUAUUUUACACCCUUUACAUGUAAUAUCACAUUGGUAGCUUGGCAUGGAAUAGAUAAAGGUAUUUUUUUUAAUACUUAACUUUUUUUAAUUCAUGUAAAUCAUGAUCAAAGAAUUUACUCAAUUUCAUGAAUGCUACAUCAUAUUAAAUUAGUAAAUUUAGUGUUGUUGCCAAAUAAUUUGUGCAACCUGUAAAACAAAUUUCUAGGUCACAUUUUUGGACAAUUUUGUUGAUGCACAUUAUUGACUUUAAUGGUUUGAUUUAUGAAUGUUUUAAUUACUGUUGCUUAAUCAAGGCAUCUUCCAUCAAACCAAAAUGGAGUCAAGAGUGCUAAAUUUGUCACAUAACAAUCACUUAUCAUUUUGUUAAAACAUUUGUUAUUUCUUUGGUCCAGAAAUAAAAUACCUGUACAAAUA